AUGACCUCACCUAGUCUUACCUCUCUCGCCCUUCCCCCAUUCGCACUCCUCAAACGACUCAUCACCGCCCUCUCACUGACAUCACUCCCUGCUGCUGUAUCCGCCACUGCUCAACCUGAACAUCGAUCGAUAUGGGAAUCGUUAGGUGACGGUGUGAAGGCUGUCGCUCUCAGAUGGCGAUGGCGUACUACUUUAUUGGAACAAGUCGAGUCCUCUUCCACCUCCCUCCCUCCUCAUAUAGCCUUCUCCCGCUCUCACCCUUCCAACACUCACCCCAAGCCCCCAAAGCCCCCAAAGCACUCCCCCCCACCGCCCUCAAUACCCCCCACUCCGCUCUACAAACUAUACUUCCAUCCCCUCCUCUUCGACCCUCUUCGCUGCCCUCGCCUUCCCAUCAUCCUCUGUCAUGGAUUGUAUGGGUUUGACGUUAAAGGACCGAGUAGCUUCCCAGCCCUGCAGAGUCAUUAUUGGGAUCGAGUGCUCAAGGUCCUCAGGGGCAAAGUAGGGGCCGAGGUUGUCUGCCCAGCAGUACCAGGAACAGGAAGCAUCAUAGAGCGCGCAGAGAAGAUGCACGCAUUCUUACGCGAGAAGCUCCCUGGCCGGGAAGUGAACUUCAUUGCUCACUCGAUGGGGGGACUUGAUUGCCGUCACUUGAUCACCCAUCUCCAGCCUAGGGAGUACACACCCCGUUCCCUAUUGACAAUCUCUACUCCUCAUCGUGGAAGUCCGGUGAUGGACUGGUGUGCUGCGAACAUAGGUGUAGGCACCGCCCUCUCUGACGCCCCCCUACCCCCUCCUCCCCUCCUCCCAUUCUCCCUCAAGUCUCCUCUGCUAACCCGCUUGCCCUCCUCAACGAAACUCACCCUCACCCUCUCCUCCCUCCCGAGCUCACUCACCUCCCUCCUCCUGAACAUGGUCGACUCCCCCGCAUAUGCGAACCUGACCACAUCCUACCUCGAGCACUCUUUUAACCCCUCUACGCCCGACUCGCCUCAAGUCAAGUACUUCUCCAUCGCUGCUCGAGUAGGCCAACUAUCGAUUUUGCAUCCUCUCUGGCUCCCCAAGCUGCUGAUGGACGCCGCUGCCUCUCUUACGCCUGACGGAGAUGAGGGAAACGAUGGCUUGGUGGGCGUGAAGAGUGCGAAAUGGGGAGAGUACUUGGGGAGUCUGGAGGAUUGUGAUCAUUGGGAGGUUAGGGGCACUAGGGGGCUUGUGAGAGCUUGGGAGAUCUGGGGGAAGGGGGAAGAGGGGAAGGGGCGCGGUACCCGCGCCAGCGACGCUUCCACCACUGGCAACAGCAACAGCAACAAUGCCAAUGCCAACAAGGAGAGACAUGCCCACGCCCUUGCUCACCGACUCACCCACACGCUGCAACAGAAUCGAGCCGAGCUCCUCUCCCGCGCGCACGAGCUGCGAGAAGAAGCGCUCGCGCUAGAGAGUCAGGGACGGAUGGAGAGGGAGGAGAGGGGGGCGGUGGAGAGGUUUGGACGGGUUUUGGAGUGGGUUACUGAGGGCGGGUUGGGGUUGGGCGGUGGGGGGAGUGAGAAGGGGUUGGUGGUUGACGGGGGUGGGAAUGGGAGUGGGCUCGAGCACAUGGGUUCUGGCUCGCCGUCUGGGGACGAGCCGAUCCCUCUUCCUGCGCCUGCCGCAAGCUCCCGCCCGAAUACCACCAGGGUCGCCCAUACUACCCUAACCACGAACACGAACACGAAAGCGACACAAGCGUCCCAAGGCAGAGCGCAACAGGAAGAAUGGAGAAAGCUCCCUGCGUUCGAUAUGGAACGGUUUUAUGUCGCCCUCAGUAGGAAGCUGUACGAUGAGGGCUUGUAGCCUGUGGUCUUCAGCUUGAGUGGUUCGCUGAGUUAGGGGAGGGGAGGAGGAGAGGAAGCAAGGAGUCGAAUGUGGAGCGUACAGUUGCCGCGUUGUAUUGAUGGUGGAAGGUAGAUGUAUGCGUAUGUAUCGUACCGGCUUGGGCUGGAGUGUAAUGCCCCUUGUCCAGAGGACGGG